AUGGAGAAGCGAAGUUCCAAGUUAUUUGGUGGACGCAUUUCCUCCAUAUUCAACGCACAUACUCAUGGGUCUAGUCAUAAUGAAACAGGCCUGUUUCAUCAUACAUCUGAAACAGCGGACCAGCCUAAACUGAAUGUCGCCAGUGACCGAUUUCAUCUACCUCAAGAUUCUGAUGAGGGUUCUCGCCUGAUACCUCCUAUUGAGAAUGCCACACAUCAUCGUAAACCCCAUGAAUCUUCUCAAAUCCAACCCCAAUCACCAGUGAAUGCUGAGUACUCUAAUCCUCAAACUCCAGCAAAUAAUAGUCGACAUCAUCACAAUCGUUUAUCUGCUCAAUUAGCAGCUCCAUCAUCUGGAGAUUCCCUGUUUCCUUCCCCACAGGUAUCAUCUGUUCUGGGUUCUCCCAUGAGACCAUUAUCGAGUAAGCCACUUCAGAACUCAAGCAGAGUCAGUGGUUCACCUGCUUAUCUGGUCAACUUGGGGCCAGUUCCAUAUUCACCUACUAGGUUGACGGAAUCAGGUAUUCCAGAGCAUUCUGAAUUUGAAGUGACUAAUAUUAGUCCUUCAGGUCAUAGGGCACCCAGAAGGAAACCUCCACCAGAUCUCAUGAAUUCAGAGUUUGACUUUGUUGGUCCAGUUUACAGUAUGGAUGAUGUUGGGAGUCCAGUUUCUGCUUCCAAAGAUGCAAAGUUUGAAGACAACCUUUCAAAUGUGGCUGAUUUCAGAGAUAUAAUUGAAAAGAUUGAGUCGGAGAUUACCGAUGGUUCGGGUUUGAAUUAUCAUGAUGAAAGCUCCGGUGAUGAUGAAGGUGAGAUUAUUGGUACCAGUUCGAGAAGCAGAAGCACUAGUAGAAGUCCGGAGAAUUCUGAAGCCGAAAGUGAUACACCUUAUAGGCAUCAAGCUCCUUUAACUCAUGCUCAAUAUUUUCAUAGUAGAGAGGAUUCUACAGAACCUCCUAAUGAGGAAGAUAUUAACAGGAAUGAAGAAGAUGAUGAUGGUGAUGAUUUUAAAGAUGAGUUUUUGAUUACUAAAAACUCUUCCAGGAAGGAUUCGUAUACUUUAGCCUUGGAAACAAGAAGUAAUCGAUCUGAAGAAGAUCAUGGCAUUAUGGCUCAAGUACCAUACCCUAUCAAUGAUAUUUAUGCUCGUCAAGUUUGGAAUGAUAAUGGUAGAAUAGACUCUUUUGAUAAUAGUCUUGUUCAAUCACCAUCAGUACCGUAUCCUGCUGGUCCUAUAGUACCAGAUUCUAGUACUAGUUCAUCUACAUCAUUAGAGUUGAGUUCAACUCAACAUCCACAACAACAGCCAUUUGUAUCUCCAAAAAUUGCUCCUACUAGAACCCUUUCUCAACCCUCAUCUAUUCCAUCUCAACAACAACAAGCAGCAGCAUUGAUGUUUUCACCUGGAGGUAUAAUUACUCCUUGUUCCUCCAAAUCAAAUGUAAUUGGGAAGAGUGAUUCUAUCAGAACAACCAAUACUAGUGCCUCAUCAACUCAUCGAGUGCCCUUUAAUAAAGGUCCGGCUCGUCAAAAAAGUGUGGACACUGUAUCAGGAUUGAACACCGUUGAAUUAAGAGCUAAAUCUUCUAUAUCUCGAAGUCUUGGACACCGUAAAACAGGGUCUAUUGGAUCGUUUCAAAGUUUAAAUUCUAAUCGGAAUGUCAAUCUAGCCACUUUAAAAAAAAGUUUUAACUUACGUCCUGGAGAAGGAGAAAGAUCAAUUUAUGUGACUACCAUUAGGAAGAGCUCUGGAGCUGCCAAUAAUGAUACUGGACCAGGGAAAUGGAAAUUACCCACUGCAUUACAAGUUAUUGAUCGAUCAGCCAUUCAAACUGCCAAAUACUUACGUUCUGCUGGAUCCAAAUAUAAGAAAUCAAGUGGGGUUGAAUUAAAACAUGGACAUUUAGAACGAAGACUUUUAAGAUCUGAAGCAGAUGAUUUUGAUGAUUCGGAAAUUGGUGCCAGAUCACCACUUGCAAGAUCUGGUACUGAGACAUCAAAGAUAUUGACACAUGUAUUAAGCACCAACACAGAUGCUUCUCAAGCCACUAUACUCACAAGUAAUACCUAUUCAAGUACAAGUUCUGUUGACAGGACCAGCUUAGUAGCUCAUGGCACCACCACUAGCAACAAUACAACUAUUAAUUCUAGUGAACAAAAUAAUGAGUUAUUAGAUGCUGAAGCUACUUCUUCUUCCAAUGCUACCCAAUUGGAAAGGGCAAGUUCUGUUUCUUCGUCUUCUUCCGGAAGUGUUUCAUCAAGUAUGGCAGCUGGUGUUUAUUAUCAACACCCAGGUUAUAACACUAAAAGUGAUGAAGAAAUUAAUGCCAGUAUCGCUAGUGCACCCAGUACUCUUAAUUAUGAUGACAACGAAAGUCUUCCAAGGUUAGUAUUGGUUAAUCCAGAUGGUGAUGAUUAA